AAGAGGAAUAGCGCAUAUAUUGGGAUAUCCUAUAUGUAGAUUAUUUACUUCCCUCACAUAUCUUGCAUUUUUCUUAAAUGGAGGACAACUGAAUGCUCAAAUUAUAUAUAUCACUAUGGCUGUUUCGGCACAUAUUUUCGGUAGCACUAUUUUUCUAUUUUCACGUGCAGCAGAUUGCGCUGCAGAAGUUUUGGUUUCGUUGAAGAGACUUCAGGAUUUCCUUCUUCUUCAAGAAAAAGAUGACGAGACUCUCAAAGCUGUAGAGGAUAGCAAAAUUUUAACCGAAUAUGGAAUACGGAUGAAUAAUGUCACAGCUACAUGGAAAAAAGAAGCCUACCCAACAUUAAAAGAUAUAUCUAUAAACGUACAACCUGGAGAAUUAUUAACUGUUAUAGGCCCUGUAGGAUCAGGAAAGACGUCUUUCUUAUUGUCCAUUUUGGGAGAAAUUCCUGUUACUUCCGGUAAAGUGAUAGCGAAAGGAAAAAUUGCUUACGCUUCUCAAGAAGCUUGGGUAUUUAACGGAUCAAUCAGAGAAAAUAUCUUGUUCGGAGAAGAAUACGAAGAGAAGAGAUAUAAAAAAGUUUUGUAUAUAACUGCUCUAGAAAAGGAUCUAAGUUUAUUUCCUAAAGGAGAUCUAACUACCGUGGGAGAAAGAGGAGUGAUAAUGAGCGGUGGGCAAAAAGCAAGAAUUAAUCUAGCAAGAGCAUUAUAUCUGGAUGCCGAUAUAUUCCUCCUUGAUGAUCCACUAAGUGCUGUUGAUGUUCCAGUGGCUAAACAUAUCUUCGAAAAAUGUAUAAUGGAAUAUCUGAAUGACAAGAUUUGUAUUUUAGUUACGCAUCAAGUACAAUUUUUAAAUUCUGCAAGUAAAAUUUUAGUGUUAAAUAAGGAAAAAUUUGAAAUCGUUGGCAAUUACAAUAGAAUAGAAAAUUUAGAAAUGCUUACAGGAAUUUCGUCUGAUAAUGAAAAUAGGAUGGAAUUAGAAACUAGUCUUUUGAACGAUGAUAAAAUAUUUGAAAGUACUCAAACUGAUAUGUCUUAUGAAACUGAAAAUAUUGAUAGUAACAACAGUAACCUGGAAAAUGAAAAUAAAAAAAUACCACCUGACGAUGUAGAAGUUGGAACAAUAGGAAUUUCAGUCUAUAAAGAAUAUUUGAAUGCUGGAUCAAGUUUUCUCUUCAGGAUAUUGUUAUUACUAAUGCUAGUUGUAGCACAAUCCGUUACAAAUACCAGUGAUUAUUGGCUAGUCAAAUGGUAUGCUAUUUUUCAUGAUGAAU